UCUUCAAAACUAAAAAUCUCCUCUGAUUAACUCUGCUCGAAGCGAUGCUUCUUCGAAGUGCAUCGACGCCAGUUCUGAAUUCAUGGUUCCCUCACUCGUCUAAGGACUCCUCACCUGAACCCGAUAUUCUGCCCCUGAUCCCCAGAACCAGUUCAAUCUCACUCUCGGCCUCUUCUUUGAGCCCGUUCUCGUGUUCUUCUCGCGAAGAUUCAAUCCAGAAAAUGACAAGAGCACUGUCCGCAUCCGAUCUCAGGGAAUUGGCAGUAGCGAAGAAGAGACCGUUCGGGAGGACUUUGAAUGGGAUUUCACUGGAGGAGGAGGAGGUGGAAGAGGAGACGUCAACGUCGUCGUUGUGGAGUGAGGAGUGCGAGGUUGGAGGUGGGAUUGGCGGCGGUGGUGGAAAGAUCUUUGGUGGUGGCGGUGGUGGAUCCGACGGCGGAGAUUCAAGCAACAAUGGGAAUGAUAGUAUAGACGCUUAUUAUCAGAGAAUGAUUGAGAUUAAUCCGGGUAAUGCGUUGCUGCUCGGGAACUACGCGAGGUUCUUGAAGGAGAUCCGAGGCAAUUUUGAGAGAGCCGAAGAGUACUGCGCCAGAGCAAUCUUGGCGAGCCCGAACGACGGGGAAGUUCUGUCCAUGUACGGUGACUUGGUGUGGCAGACCCACAAGGACCCUGUUCGUGCAGAAACCUAUUUCGAUCGAGCGGUCAAAGCUUCACCUGAUGACUGUUAUGUGAUAGCUUCAAAUGCUCGGUUUCUCUGGGAUGCUGAAGAGGAAAAAGUGGAGGCAAUGAAGGAAGCUUCCCAACCAUGUUACUUCAAUGGAGCUCACUUUCCUCCUCCUUUGGCUGCUACUUCUUAGACUCUUUCCUUCUGCUACUUCUCUGUCUAUUUUCUUGUUUAUAGCUAUUUUUUUUGUGUUAGCUUUUUAGUCACUUUCUAAGAUUAGUUGUAAAGAUGAAAUAAAGAAAGUAAUAGAUGGAACGGAAUGGGUUUUUUUUAGUA